UCCAACUCGGAACUCGUUCUAAUCAACUAUCGAUACAUUUUAUUCAUCGUCGCAAGGAUGUCUGACGCAAAGCAAAUCAUGGCACAGAAGAGUGCUAAAAUUGCAGCUGGAGCAGUUGUGUGUGUUGAAAGCGAAAUAAGAGGAGAUGUGACCAUUGGUGCUAGAACAGUUGUCCACCCCAAAGCACGGAUCAUAGCAGAGGCAGGGCCUAUUAUCAUUGGAGAGGGUAAUCUGAUAGAGGAGCAGGCACUUAUUAUUAACAGUUAUCCAGAGAAUAUCAUGCCAGACACAGAGGGAGUGGAGCCAAAAACCAUGACAAUUGGGAGCAAUAAUGUGUUUGAAGUUGGAUGUGUCUCUCAAGCCUUAAAAAUUGGAGACAACAAUGUGAUUGAGUCUAAAGCUGAUCUUGGGAGGAACGUGAUCCUGACCUGUGGAUGCAUCAUCGGCGCAAGCUGCCAGGUCAACACGUGUGAGGUCGUGCCAGAGAACACAGUUGUGUACGGUUCAAACUGCAUCCGCCGUGUGCAGAGUGAAAAGCCACAGCCUCAGACUCUGCAGCUCGACUUCCUCAUGAAGAUUCUGCCCAACUAUCACCACCUGAAGAAGACGGUCAAAGGAAACAGCACCCCUGUGAGAAACUAAGAUGGAGCUGGAGAGGGAUUGUACCAAAGCAUCUGCACACACUGACUCAAUUCUCUCAACUUGCACUUGUCUUUUACUUUUUUACUUCAGUGUUGUUCCUCUGUGUCUAGUAGAAUACCUCUGGCACUGAAAAUGACCAUCACACACUGUACAUUUCUUCCUGCAUAUGAGAAAUGUCAUCAUUCUUCAACACGUGACCAUUUCUGGUUUUGCACUUUUGCUUUUAGAUCAAUGUUAAGACUAUUUAGGAUAUAUUUUGGACCGGAAAAUGUAAAUAUUCGGUGCCAAUUUUAUGUUAAUCAAUGAUACUCAUAUAAUUGUACCAAUAAAGAUAAAAACACAUUGCAAUAAAAAUUCUAAUAAAGAUUGCAUUCAAGUAUU